GAGCUAGGGGGGUGAGAAGAAGACGUGCGCCUGCGCGUGGCAUCUCCUUCGCAUCCGGGCCGGAGUUCUCCUGCCCCCUCCCCCGCCUGGCGCCGCCGUAGCACUUCGGUGCGUUGCAGCGCGGGAGUCCAGACAGUUCAGUGCGCGGCUGGCCGCCGGACCCCACCCGGUGGGUGACAGAACGCGUGCUUGCGCCCGUGCGCCUGGGCCCUGGGCGCUGCACCUCCGGGAACUAGGGAGGGACGGUGCCUGGCCUCUCGGUGCAUCGCUGCUCCCGGCGCCGCAGCCCGCAGCCGCCUGCCUUCCUCGGCCCUGCCCCUCCCCAGGGGCGCAGGCCGUCGUCGGUGAUCACCCACCGCCCAGCUCAGCGGAGCAGGGCUACGGUGCGGCGUCCAGCGCGUUCCCGCAGCCGGCCCUCCGGCCUGCCUUCCCCGCAGGCAGCCCGCACCUUGGAGGGAGGGAGCAGUCUGUGCCGACACCGGCGCGGCCAGGCGGGGAGAUGAGCUUCUUCGGCUUCGGGCAGAGCGUGGAGGUGGAAAUCUUGCUGAAUGAUGCGGAGAGUAGGAAGCGAGCGGAGCACAAGACGGAGGAUGGGAAGAAGGAGAAAUACUUCCUCUUCUACGACGGGGAAACCGUCUCGGGGAAGGUGAGCCUAUCCCUGAAGAACCCCAACAAGCGGCUAGAGCACCAGGGCAUCAAGAUCGAGUUCAUUGGACAGAUCGAACUCUACUAUGACCGUGGGAACCACCAUGAGUUUGUGUCUCUGGUGAAGGACUUGGCUCGGCCAGGAGAGAUCACCCAAUCACAGGCCUUCGACUUUGAGUUUACUCACGUGGAAAAGCCAUAUGAAUCCUACACAGGGCAGAACGUGAAGCUACGCUAUUUCCUUCGAGCCACCAUCAGCCGCCGCCUCAAUGAUGUUGUCAAAGAGAUGGACAUUGUAGUUCACACACUUAGCACAUACCCUGAGCUGAACUCAUCCAUCAAGAUGGAAGUUGGAAUCGAGGACUGCCUGCACAUUGAAUUUGAGUAUAACAAAUCCAAAUACCAUUUGAAAGAUGUCAUUGUAGGGAAGAUAUACUUCCUGCUGGUGAGAAUCAAAAUCAAGCACAUGGAGAUAGACAUCAUCAAACGGGAAACAACAGGCACGGGCCCCAAUGUAUACCACGAGAACGACACAAUAGCCAAGUAUGAGAUCAUGGACGGGGCACCAGUUCGAGGUGAGUCCAUCCCCAUCAGGCUCUUCCUGGCAGGAUAUGAGCUCACGCCCACCAUGCGGGACAUAAACAAGAAGUUCUCUGUGCGCUAUUACCUCAACUUGGUGCUGAUAGAUGAGGAGGAACGGCGUUACUUCAAGCAGCAGGAAGUGGUGCUGUGGCGAAAGGGUGACAUCGUACGGAAGAGCAUGUCUCACCAGGCAGCCAUUGCCUCACAGCGCUUCGAGGGCACAGCCUCCCUGGGUGAGGUGCGGACCCCCGGCCCACUGUCUGACAACAACAGCAGGCAGUAGGCCCCGCCGGGGCCAAGGAGUUGCUGGGCUUCCACUGCGGCACCCCAUCUACCGAACACCAGCGACUGGGGAGGGGGAGGACGGUAUGAGGCUCAACUGACCGUUACUUGCAACCUUGAAAACAAAUGUUUUUUACCUACAUUCUUUUCUCUGAAGAACCUAAGGGGCUUGGGUUAGGCAGCAGUCUCCCUGGGAUUCUGCAGCCUAGGUAGGGAUAGGGAGAGGAAACAUUCUGGAAGCUAGUCUCUCCCUUGGGAAUGAGAGCUGUCUGUCAAGGCUAUCUCAAGCCUUAAAGCAGAGUUGAGAGCACAUAUCCUUGGCUCCAGGUUCUCUGGGCUUCCUGAUACAGCGGCUGAGCGUGUCCCUGGCAUUCACUCGCCAGCAGGGCUCUGGGUAGUCACGUCUUGCACUCCCUUCGACUGUCCCUGAGGUAGUGGCAGAAGUUAUCAGGCCUAUCUCAUCUAAGUUGGAUGAAGACUCAAGAUCGGGAAGCUACCUCUCUGGGCAUCGGGGACGUGGUGCUCUUAAGUUUCUAGUCACCUCUGGCCUCACUACGGGGACCAGACACGCCUCUUCUCCAUCUUUUCUAGUUUGCCAGGAACCAUACAGGAGCAGAGCCUAAGGAAGGGUCUGGGGCUGGCUGUCCUCUCACUUGUGAGAGAUAGGGACACAGAGAAGCCCUAAGACUGGUGUCACACUUGGAGGCUGAACAAGGCCUCCUGGGGGAAACAUUAGGAAAGGCAGCUGUCUGCCUUUACCACAUGACUCUGCAUGGCAGCCCAAGGUCCGGGUUGUUCUAGGGAAUUAUUUGAAGUUACCCAACAAGCCCUAAGCAGAGGGUCUAUUUCCUUUAGUGUAGAUCCUUAGAAGAGGCUGAGAUCCAUUUGCCUCCCUAAAAGUGAUCUCUUGUUACGCCUUGUCCUCCAGUUGAUUCCUGGAAUUGGGAUUGGUUUCAGGCACUUAGAAGUUUUGUUCUUGCUCCCACCCCAAACCUGUUCAUCCCACUAUCUACACAUCAAGGGAGGAAGGGCCUCUGCAGAAGACUCUGGUUACCAUAGCGUCAGAACAGUUCUGCUUGCCAAAUUAUGUCUUUAUCUUCAAUUCACUGACUCAAGUUUAGCACCACUGGUGUUUUGUUUUCUAAUUUAGAAAUAGGGAAACUCUGGUGGAUGCUGUUACACUGUGCUGGGGCCUGCAAGUAGUAAAGGCCUUGUCCCGGUGGCCGCCCUCCCCUCGACAGAAAGAUCCAGUGGAACCGAUGUGCAGCGAGUACAGUAUUGGCUGGUUUGUGCUCUUGGUGAUUGGGAAAGGAUUUGUUUUGUGUCACCUUUCAGUUAGGGUACAAAAUGGGGUCUCUUCCUCAGAAAUUAGUGCAAUCUUGGGCUCUGACAGGGCAGGGCUGAUGGAUCAGAGUUCAGAUGAAAGACACUUGAGGGUGACUGGGGGUUGCAGAGCUAGGUAGUUUUCCUCAUGUCAGACCCCAAGUUUAGGUGUGACAUACAGUCCCCAUGGGAACAGGUUUAGCCAUCCAGCUGUCCUUAGAUAUCAAGGCUGGGCCCUAGCAUAUGAGGAAGGUAGGUUCUGUGCUCUUGCCUUUUUCAGGUAUGAGACUAGACUCUGCUGUGCCUCCUUUUAAUAGCUAACUAAAAGCAUUUGUCAGUUUCUCUGCUUCCCAGCGGACAACACAAAUUCAUUUUGCAACUUUGCUAACAUCUGAAGCCGUUCUUCUGGGAGAACUAGAAGGUAGAAUAUGCUUUGUUUCUCUCAGGAGCUGUGCACAAGCCAGGUCUUGUUUUCUCUUACCACCCCCAUUUUCUUUUCUCUGCCAACUGUGAAAGUGUGGGGAGGCUUGUAUCCCCAUCCCAUAAGGUUCCCAAACCUGGAGUGCAUAGGUACUAAACCAGGCAGUGCAACUUGUAAUUAAGAAGCUGCAGUGUUUACAUGUUUCUUAAUGUGUUGUCUUUUCGAUGGCUGUAUUUUAAAAGAACAUUUGUUUUAAUGGUGUCUCUAAUUAAAGGAAGCCCUGUGGCUUUGGAGGCAUUGUGCCCAUGGUCCACCA